CGACAACAGAUCCAGUCUGGAUUCCGGAAAUGUUAAGAUAGCAGAAACUUUAACAAGCUAUAUCGAAAAGUGCAUUUAAUCCAAGAUGAAGUGGUCGUACUUUUUGCCACUGUGCCUUAGCCUGGUGUUUAUGCCUCGGCCCCUCGAAACCUUUGAACCCAUAACGAUGGGUGCCCUUGGAUUGGGUGCCUUAGGAAUUGGCACUUACUUUAAAGAACAUACGAUUUGCAAGAUUAUGGAAUGCUGCGACGACCGGAGCAUACCGGCGAGGGUACAAGAGUUGAAAUCCUCUCUCCAAAAUACCCUCUUUGGCCAGCACCUUGCGAUUCAGCAUAUCAUUCCAGCCUUAAAUGCCCACUUAAACGGAUAUAGAAAGUCUAGAAAACCGUUGGUCAUCAGCUUCCAUGGCCAACCCGGAACGGGAAAAAACUUUGUUGCUGAUCAGAUUGCCAAAGCCUUAUAUUUGGAGGGUUCUAAGUCCAAGUUUGUGGUCAAAUAUUUGGGACAGGCGGACUUCCCACGAGCAGAUUUAAUUGAUCGUUACAAGGCAGAGAUCAAUUUGAAGGUUCGUGGCCAAUUGCAGUUAUGCCCAAGAUCGUUGUUCAUAUUCGAUGAGGUGGACAAAAUGCCCAGUGGGGUCUUUGAUACGCUCACAUCGUUGGUGGACUACAAUGCCUUUGUCGAUGGCACGGAUAACACCCAAGCCAUUUUUAUCUUUCUGUCAAAUACGGCAGGCAAUCAUAUAGCUGAUCACCUGGGUAAAAUGAUGAAUGGUGGCAAACUUCGUGAGGAAUCACGCCUGAGUGAUUUUGAGGCAUUGUUGAAGAAGGCCGCCUACAAUCUAGAUGGCGGUAUGAAGAGGACCACCAUGAUCGAGUCCCACGUAAUUGACCAUUUCAUUCCUUUUCUUCCCAUGGAGAAGGUGCACGUUAUUCAGUGCCUGGAGGCAGAGUUCAGUAGAUGGAAUCGAAAUCCCGAUAACAAAAUCAUCAAUGAUAUCAUUACCAAUUCCAUAAGUUUCGAUCGCAUUCAUGGUUUAUUUGCGGUCACGGGUUGCAAGACACUGGAGAAGAAGGUCGCCAUGGCCAUUAAUUAAGCAAGUUUCAGCUAUAAGCUGAAUGUGGUCAUCAUGGGCAAUAUGUAAGAAACCCUGCCACUAACUGAUGGCUUUUAACAUUUUGUUUUGUAUUUUAAAAAUAUAUUUACGAAUAAAGUAAAAUGUUCAUUUA